AUGAACCGAAACUUGCUGAGAAGUCAUCCCCCAAGGGCCACAAGGCUCGUCCCAGCUCUUGGGCGGGUCUUCCAUUGGGGGAGAGGGGUGGGAGGUCUCUGCACUCCUCCUUUUGAAAUGAAGGAGCUGGGCACAGAGGCGAAGGCAGAGAUGUCUCCGGUCCUCACCUGCUUGCUGGUUAUCCUGGCGUGCUGCUCGGGAUGCCAACACCAUGCCUGCCGCUGCGUGGGAACAGUCUUCAUUUGUGAGGAGAGCAAAGUGGUCCAGGUUCCCCGGGACAUCCCUGCCAACACCACCGAACUAGAGAUCUCCCAGAAUGAUGCCUUGGAGGUCAUAGAAGCAAAUGUAUUUUCUGACCUUCCCAAGCUACAUGAAAUAAGAAUUGAGAAAGCCAACAACCUUGUGUACAUUGAUCAAGAUGCCUUCCAAUACCUUCCGAGCCUCAGAUAUUUGUUGAUAUCAAACACUGGCCUUCGGUUUUUACCUACUACUUUCAGAGAUAUUCAAGACAAUAUCAAUAUACGUACAAUUGAAAGGAAUUCAUUCAUGGGCCUGAGUUCUGAAAAUGUGAUUCUAUGGCUGAAUAAAAAUGGGAUUCGGGAAAUAGAGGAUUAUGCGUUUAAUGGAACCUACCUGGAUGAGCUAAAUCUAAGUGAUAAUCACAACCUUGAAAGGUUACCAAAUGAGGUCUUCCAAGGAGCCAGUGGGCCUAUUGUUUU